AUGGCGAAUUCAACAGGAAUUACCAGAAGGCGGCAGGGCAAUAAGGCGGAAGUAAAACCAGCUUCAACGCCACCACCAAAAGUUGUCGAAAAGAAGAAAAAGAAACGAUCUAGCGCUGGUCUCGGUUAUCUUCCACUGCAAAUAUUCUUUGGUGUUCUGAUUUCUAUAGUCGUUGCUGGUCUUCUCACAAACCGCAUCAUUAAUGCUCCAAUUAAAGCUGUCGAAUUCGAGUUGGUGAACAAGAAGAAACACAUUUCUCAACUAUACUUUUUCAGCCUCGGUGAGAGAAUUCCGCUAGUAGGAGUUCUUGCUGUAAACAGCCGCCUAACUGAUGCCGAACUUCUUCUCGAAGAUCAAGUUUACGGACCAGAAUCUCUCGCUAUUGACGAGAAAAACCAAAAACUAUACGCAGGUUUCAAAACAGGAAUUAUUGCUGAAAUCAGCUUGGAAGAAGGCAAAGAAAAAAUUCUACAUGCGGUUCAGUUGGCUCAAGGAAAUCAUGAUUGUGAUGGAACCUACAGUAAAAUGCAUUUAUGUGGAAGACCACUCGGGUUGAGAGUAAGCAACGUCGGUGAGCUGAUAAUCGCGGAUGCCUAUCUGGGACUAUUCGCCAUCAACUGGAAAGAGGAAAAGGUUGUUAAAAUACUUGGCGCUGGAGAAUUACCAACAAACGACGAGAACGCGCCGCCAAUCAAAUACUUGAACGACUUGGAUUUGCUCCCAGAUGGUCGAAUUAUUUUCUCUGAAUCUUCAACGAAAUUCGACGAUCGUGACUUCAUUUUGGAUCUUUUCGAGCAUCGACCAAACGGACGUCUUCUCAUUUACGACCCAAGAAAGAAGAAUUUACGAGUAUUGAAAGACGGAUUAUACUUCCCAAACGGAGUUCAGUUGAGCAUUGAGAAAGGAGCAGCCAAGAAUGCACCAUGGAGAGUGUUUUAUAGCGAAAUGGGAAUGACGAGAGUUAUGCAGAUUUGGGUUCCACAGGAUCAUUAUUCAACUGCUCCAAUCAAAACAGCACCUCUUAUUGAGAGCCUUCCUGGAUAUCCCGACAACGUUAGAUUAACUAAAUCUGGACAUCUUCUGAUUCCAAUCGCAUCUCAACGUUCAGAAGAGGAUCGAUUCCUUGAGCAGAACCCGUCCAUUCGUGAAUUUAUUACGAAGAUCUUGAGCAAUAAAGCACUUGCCUGGGUGGCGAAUUACGUUUCUGAUGCUGAAGGACUUGUGCUGAAAGUGAGUGCCGAAACUGGACAAAUUAUCGAAUCUUAUCACGAUCAAACUGGAAAGGUUGAGUCUAUUUCGAUUGCCAUUGAUGAUGGAAAAGGACGAAUGCUUUUGGGCAGUGAUGUGAACUACUAUAUUGGCCGAGCAAAAUUUUAA